AAAGAUUGAGAACCAAAACGGACUGUACCAGUUUACCUUAUUCUUUUUUCACGCUUUACGGCACCAGAGUUGCAUCAGCAUCCACCAAACUCUUCCAAGGAAUCAAGAAUCCAGUAAGCAAUGAACGAAGGUCCGAAGCUCUACACCAACAAACCCAAGAAAGCUCAACUGAAACAAUUCCAAGAGCAUGUGAAAGGGAAGGAUUUAUCGGCCCCAUCUUCUUCCUCAGCCGCAGCAGCUUCCUAUACCAUGGGGUCGCAACCCAGUCCUCCGCCACCGCCACCUUCACCGCCACCUUCACCGCCACCUCCGCCUCCAAAGGAAUCGUUUGCAAGGCGUUACAAGUUUCUUUGGCCCCUUCUGUUGGGUGUCAAUCUCACUGUUGGAGGUCAUUUUCUUUCUUUUAUUUAUAUUAUGCUUCCUUUUGUAUUAGUCUGUGUAUGCCUGGAAAAAAGAAGGUGUCUGUCUGCCUGGACAUGAGAAUUUGAUGCUUACUAUAAAGAAGUUGAAGCGGGUUCCUUUGGGAUUGACUUGAAUGUUGAGAUUUUAAGCUUGCAGCGUGCAUCUAGUUUUGUUGCUGAUAAACAAUUUUUCCUAGGAAAGGAUUGUUGGUUAUAAGAGUUGUCUAUGCUGAAAUCUUUAAAUCUUAAGGAUGACAUUUAGAAUGUUGAUAUUUUCUAGCAGAUCACUUCUGUUGGAUUUUCUAGCUAUUUUUGUGGCAAUUGUGACUGUUGCUAGACCAAUCUGUUAUUUCUUUCUUUAACAACGCCCCUCCCUUUGUCCUGCUAUUUCUGUUCUGUUUGAUAACUUGAGUCAUGCUGUUAAAAAUUUGCUUUGACCUCACUGAUGUAGCAAUUUGGGAGCAUCUUUCCAAGCCUAAACAUGCUUCACUAGGUAGUUCUUUAUUGCUUAAAUAUUUUGAAGGCUUGAAGCUGCCAAAAUGCUGAAAUAAGUAAAAAUCACUUGAUAUUUUAGCCAUUUGUAACAUGUUACUUCUUGCUUUUGAAGUGAAAUCCAUAGGGAUAAUUAUGAUUUUGUCAUUCUUGUACCCUACGAUUUGAUGACUUGAUUGGUGAUGGAAAUGGAACACUUUAUCUGCCCUAUGCUUUUCAACUCAUGUCUCCUAGUCUCUUACCAUAGUUAAUAUGAUUAAGGUCAACUCCUACCAUAGUGAAUAUGAUUUAGGCUAUUACAACUUUGAAUCCUAUGUUAUUUCAUAUUCCUAUGUUAUUUCAUAUCCUGGUAAACUGAUGCCAACUAAGCCGUGUACCAUGUGGAUGGAACUGGUUGCAUCUUUCUGUUUGUUGAUUGCUCUAUCUAGAGCAAUAUCUGCUUUUGGCAUUGGUGUCUUCAUACUUUAGUGCAUGUACAUGUGACAUGAUAGAACCAUUUUCAAUUUCAAAUGGAAUUGUUGGUGCUGCUGACAUAUUUUCCUUG